AUGGCCACCUCCAAUCUCUUCAAACCACUCAAGCUGGGCAACCUCGAGCUCCAGAACAGAGUCGUUAUGGCACCCCUCACCCGCCUCCGCGCCGCAGACGAGACCCACGUUCCUCUCCCCAUGGUUGCCGAAUACUAUGCCCAGCGUGCCUCGAUUCCAGGAACUCUCCUUAUCAGCGAAGCCACAUUCAUCGCCCCGCAAGCUGGUGGUAUGGCUAACGCCCCUGGAAUCUGGUCCGAAGCACAAAUUGCAAGUUGGAAGAACGUCACCGACGCGGUGCACAGAAAGAAGUCGUUCAUCUACCUGCAACUCUGGGCGCUGGGACGGGCGGCGUUUGCUGAUAACUUGAGGGAAGAGCUGGGCGAGAAAGGGGUCGUGAAGAGUGCCAGCGAUAUUACGUUUGAAGGUGGUGCUACACCUACGCCUUUGACGGAUGAGGAGAUCAAGGAAUAUGUUGGGCUGUACGCCCAGGCUGCGAAGAAUGCCAUCAAGGCCGGCUUUGAUGGUGUGGAGAUUCACAGCGCGAAUGGCUACUUGAUCGAUCAAUUCUUGCAAGAUACGUGCAACAAUCGAACCGAUGCUUGGGGUGGGAGCGUGGAGAAGCGAGCGAAAUUUGGUCUCGAGGUUGCGAAAGCCGUGGUUGAUGCUGUUGGUGCUGAGAAAACCGGCAUUAGGCUGAGCCCGUUCUCGCCAUUUCAAGGCAUGAAAAUGCACGAUCCGGUGCCACAAUUUGCGUAUUACGCGAACGAGCUGAAGAAGCUGAAGCUGGCCUACGUCCACCUUGUCGAGUCGCGGGUCUCAGGGAACGCUGAUGUGGAGAACACCGAAAAAGUCGACUUUCUAAUCGACAUCUGGGCGAACCAAAGUCCGGUCUUGAUUGCCGGUGGAUUCAAGCCUGAGUCUGCGAAGAGAGCUGUUGACGAGGAAUAUACGGGCAGUGAUAUCGUUGUGGUAUUUGGACGGUACUUCAUCUCCAAUCCCGAUCUGGUAUUCAGAUUGAAGCAAGGCAUUGCUUUCACACCAUAUGAUCGGAAAAAGUUCUAUAAUGCAAAGCAGGAGGACGGAUACAUUACUUGGCCAUUUAGUAAGGAGUUUGAGACGCAGGCCGGGAAGUUGUAG